GCCACAAACAUCAGCUACCACUCUUCCAUGGCCAUGGCACUGACUAUACGCACCCUUUUCCUCCUCUUUCUUUCCUCCAAAUUCCCGUUUUCAUCUGCUCAAACGUGGAUCAAAUCCGGUUACUGGUUCUCCGGCCGCGGAUUCCCUGUAACCGACAUAAACUCACCCCUCUUCACUCACCUCAUAUGCGCUUUCGCAGGCCUAAACCCAUCCACAUACCAACUUAACCUUUCUUCAUCAGAUGCCCAGUCCUUCUCCACGUUCACCCCCACUGUCAAGCAAAAGAAUCCAACGGUCACAACGCUCUUAUCGAUCGGUGGAGGAUCAGCGAAUUCUUCGACUUUCACCUCAAUGGUUAGCCAAUCCAACUUCAGGAAGUCCUUUAUCGAGUCCUCCAUAAAAACAGCUAGAUCAUACGGGUUUGAUGGGCUGGACUUUUGCUGGGUUUCAGCCGCUACUACCUCUGAAAUGACAAACAUGGCCACCCUAUUCGAUGAGUGGCGAUUAGCAGUCGAAUCAGAGUCAGGAAACUCAAGUGGGUCUCAACUCAUCUUGACAAUGGCUGUCCGGUUCUCCCCAGACGCAAGUUUUCCAAUCGAAUCUAUAAAGAAGAACUUGGACUGGGUACAUGUUAUGGCAUACGACUACUACAUGCCUGGAUGGUGGAAUCACACUGCUCCCUUUGCAGCAUUGUAUGAUCCAGGAAGUAGAACGAAUACAAAAGAUGGAAUCAAUGAUUGGAUUGAUGGUGGGUUAUCGGCUAACAAGCUUGUUUUGGGGCUGCCUUUCUACGGCUAUGCUUGGAUGCUCGUGAACCCGAAUGACAGUGCAGUCGGUGCACUAGCAAAGGGGACCGCAAAGGGGAGCAGGAUAGAUGAAGAUGGUGCGAUCAGCUACAACGAUCUUAAGGCGUAUAUGCAGAGUCCCGGAGCUGUUUCGGAGUAUAAUGCAACCUAUGUUGUGAAUUACUGCGUCAACGGAUCGAUUUGGAUUGCUUAUGAUGGUGUUGAGGUCGUGAAAAAGAAGGUUGCUUAUGCGAAAAAGAGAAAUUUGCUAGGUUAUUAUGUGUGGCAAGUCUCACAUGAUGAUGAAAAUUGGGUGCUUACUCAGGCAGAGCACGUAGAAACAAACGUAAGUUUUUCCAGUCGAGAAAACUUUGGGCAUAAAUCAUUUCCCUUCACCCUUUUAAUGUUCCACAUGUUUUUUUCAUUGGUUACAGGACAGAUGGGGAAAGGAAAAGAAUCGCAAUCUUCAUUCAAAACUACCAUGGCAUUUGUUGGAAAUGCAAAUGCUCCUCAUUUGCUAGUAUUUAGACUCACUGAUCUUGUAGAAGCUACCAAUAACUUUUCGUUUGAAAAUAAGCUCGGAGUAGGUGGAUAUGGACCUGUUUACAAGGGUGUAUUACAUAAUGGACAAGAAAUAGCAGUAAAGAGACUUUCAAAGACUUCUACACAAGGAUUUGAAGAGUUCAAGAAUGAGGUGAUGCUUACUGCUAAACUGCAGCAUGUAAAUCUUGUAAGAGUUCUUGGAUUUUGCACCGAAAAAGAAGAACAGAUGUUGAUCUAUGAAUACAUGCCGAACAAAAGCUUGGAUCAUUAUCUCUAUGAUCCAACCUGGGGAUUACUUUUAGAUUGGGAAAAACGAGUUCAAAUCAUUGAAGGGGUUACUCAAGGGCUCUUGUAUCUCCAAGAGUACUCAAGAUUGACAAUAAUUCAUAGGGAUUUGAAAGCAAGCAACAUUUUGUUAGACAACGAGAUGAAGCCCAAGAUCGCGGAUUUUGGCAUGGCUAGAAUUUUCCAGAAAGAUGAAUUCGAAGCUAACACUAGCCGGAUUGUUGGAACGUAUGGUUAUGUACCUCCUGAAUAUGUAAAACGUGGCAUAUACUCCACCAAAUCAGAUGUUUAUAGCUUCAGAGUUCUUCUUUUACAAAUCAUUAGCGGAAAGCGGAAUAAUUGUUUACAUGGUCUUCAUGAAGACUUAAACCUCCUAGACUAUGCAUAUGAUUUGUGGAAGUGUGGGAAAGGCAUGGAGUUCAUGAAUCCAUCGCUCGACGAUACAAAUUCAUCCUGUAAAUUAGUGAGAUGCAUGCAAAUAGCUUUGCUAUGUGUCCAAGAAAAUCCAGCCAAUAGGCCCUCCAUGUUGGAACUCUCAUCGAUGCUCAAAAAUGAAACCGCUGCCGUGAACACCCCCAAAAGGCCUGCUUUUUCUACGAGAAGAGAUGAAGAUGAAGAUGAAGUUCAAGUUCAAGAAAUUUGGUCAGUUGGUGAUGUAUCCUUUACCCAAACAGUAGCACGAUGAAUGUUUAUUCUCCUCCUUUUUCUCAUGAUCAAAAUAGCCCCAGUAACAGUUCAUUUUUUCCGUUGAGAUUUUACUUUUGCUGGGACAUUUUUGUGAAAUUUGAAUAAAUAUGGUUACUCCCAUUCCCCGGCCAGUGUAUUUUGUCAGAAAUAGAACUCGUGUUGCUUC